AUGAAGGAUUUGGAUCUCAAUAGAGAGAGGGAGAGUUUCACUUCACUUCCGAAGUUUAGAAGCAUACUGGGAUGGUAUCCAGUGAGGAAUGAAGCGGUGGCAUCUGCUGCUUUGACUAACACUCUUUAUUGUCCUACUUUUCAGUUUCCUAAAGACAUUCUUCAGUUCAUCAAACGCGAUGGUAAGACCCAAAACACAAAAAACGCCAUCGCCAUCGCCAUCGCCAUCGCCAUCGCCAUGGAUAAGUUUGUUUUUCUACGUAUUUUUGUAUUGGUUUCUACAACAAUCUUCUCAUUUGCCAAACCAAAUCGAAGCCAGUUCAAUGUCCUGGACUAUGGAGCUCUUCCUGGCACCACUGAAGAUAGUUCACAUGCAUUCCUAAGGGCAUGGAAUGAUUUCUGUAAUACCACCACCGAAGAUCCUGUAUUGACUGUUCCACCUGGCAAGACCUUCUUGUUAAAUCCAGUUGUCUUUAACGGUCCAUGCAAGCCUAAGCACCUCACACUUCGAAUACUAGGAGUAAUUGCAGCACCGAGCUCACCAAAAACAUGGAGCAGGUUUGAUCCAGGGAGAUGGCUGACAUUUAGAGGGGUGACCGGCCUUAGCAUAGCCGGUUGUGGUGGAUUUGAUGGCCGGGGAGAGGGUUGGUGGGAUCAAUCAUGUAGAGAUCACCAAGGCCUGAAAGGCUGCACUUCAUUGGCACCAACUGCAUUGAGUUUCCAACUAUGCAAUAACAUUACUCUCAGUAAUGUUCACUUCAUCAACAGCCCACAAGUGCAUGUCCUAAUAUACGGCUCAUCCGGAAUUGACAUUGACAGUAUCUUGAUCGACUCUCCUGGAAACAGCCCUAACACUGAUGGCAUCCACAUCCAAGCAGCUCAAAACAUUUCCAUCACAAACUCCAUUAUAGGCUCCGGUGAUGACUGUGUUUCAAUUGGUGACUACACUUCCAACAUUAGGAUCUCAGACGUAGAAUGCGGACCUGGCCAUGGAAUAAGUAUUGGAAGCUUGGGGAAGGAUGGCAAUGUAGUGCAGGUAGAGAACAUUCAUGUGACAAAUGUAAGUUUCACCAACACUACCAAUGGAGCUAGGAUAAAAACUUGGCAGGCUGGGAGGGGCUACGUUCGAGACAUCUCAUAUAAGAACUGCAAAUUCGACUCAGUGAAUUACCCGAUAAUAAUUGAUCAAAAUUACUGUCUCAAAGGGGAUGCUUGCAAGGAAAUGAAAACUGGAGUGCAUAUAAGCAAUGUUACCUUUGAUAAUUUCUCUGGAACAUCGACAACGGAUGUGGCAAUCAGUCUCAAUUGCAGCUGGGCUGUAGGUUGCACUGGAAUCAUUUUACAGUCCAUAAAGCUGACAUCUGCCAUGACUGGAAAGAGAGUCACUUCCUCUUGCACAAAUGCCCACGGGAAUGCUAUUGGAAUGGUUGAGCCACCAUCCUGUCUUAGUUGAUCUAACUCAACUGUAGUUACUUAUAUAAUC